UAAAUUUCAAAGAAAAGUCGUUUCUUCAAACUUGGUAUAAUCAAAACCCAAUUGGGAAUCACCUUCAAAAGUCCACCAUUUAAGAACCCUAAAAUUUCAAUCCUGCAAAUCAAUGCCUGCAUUCUUACAACGCCACGCCGAUCUCCCAGAAUCGCUCAAUUUCAGGUUUUGUGGUUUGGACUGAAAUGGUCUGUAGGAGCUGUAGCUCCAGCAAUGAGUUUUUCUUCUUGUUCCUGACUCGGCAUCCGUCACCAUGCAUUUAGUGUCCAAUGAUGGUCGUGUAGACGAUAGUUCGGAGUGCGAGCCUAUCUUGAGUCAGUCUGGCAAUCCACAGAGACUAGCUGAAGCGUCGUCCUCGCGUGAAAUUACAACUGUGCUAGGUGACAUUGCUGCUACUGAUGAAGAGUCGCAGAAUCUAGAUGUCAAUGAGAGUUCUAAGUUGGUGAAUUCGGAGCAGCCACAAUGCCGUAUUUGCCUUGAUAAUGAAGGAGACGACUUAAUUGCUCCAUGCCAUUGCAGAGGUACCCAGAAGUAUGUCCAUAGAUCAUGCCUUGAUAACUGGAGGUCCACAAAGGAGGGCUUCGCUUUUGCCCAUUGUACAGAAUGUAGGGAAGUGUUCAUAUUACGUGCUAAUGUACCUCCAGAUCGCUGGUGGUUAAGACUGAAAUUUCAGUUUCUUGUUGCUAGAGACCAUGCAUUCAUUUUUAUUAUCGUUCAGCUGAUUGUGGCAUUCUUGGGAGUGCUGGUAUACAAAUUUUAUGGAGAGGAACUACGGGAAAUGUUUGGUUAUGAAGAACACCCAUAUGGGUUUUAUACAAUGGCUGUCUUAGCUAUUGUUUUGGUGGGUUUGCUCUACGGUUUCUUCAUAGCCAUAAUCUGUGGACAGAGAAUCAAUGAACGUCAUUACCAUGUUCUUGCAAAACAGGAAUUGACAAAGGAAUAUGUUGUAGAAGACCGAGAAGAUAAUAAAAAUGCCCCUGAGCUAGACCCCAACCAUGUGACGGAGCUGAGAAUGUUGGGCCUUUAUUAGUUGAAAGUGUUAUAUCAUGGUAUUUCUGCUGUGGCUUGUGUAUUUUUUUUAGUGUAAGAGAGGGAAAGCUAUAGUUUGUUGGCUUUCUUAGAUUGGUGGGACACCACGUGUACAGACUCCUGUGACUUGUGGCGGCACAACACAUUAUCUGCAUCAAGUAUAGCAUCCUUAAAGCCAGGCACAAGACUUUCCCUUGUGUUUUCGUUAGGUUCAUGCUUUGCUUUGGCCAUCUCACUUCAUCUGUGGCAUUAGUGUAUUGAUUCAGUAAUCAUGUGGAAGAUCAGUCUGUUCUCCUCACCAAGUAAAUCUACAGGUACUAAUCUUCGAGCAAUGGACUUGUUUUCAAACUGAGCACAGCUAUGGCAACAGUGUGGUUUGCCUUAUAGAAACCUAUACAUGUACUAUUGAUUGUGAAUUCGUUCUUGUCAACUGCAAUUUUUAAUCAUGAAUAAGUAUUUCCAAUUGAAGUAUGCUCAUUCAGCAGAGCAGGAUCAUGUUCAUAUGCUGCCUGCAAGAGCUGUGCAACUUUUUUGUAUAGAUUUAUAGCACUGAAUUAUAAUGUCUCUAGAUCAUCCGCUUCCGGGCUGGAAA